GAGUCUGCUGUUAAGACAGGGUCCGGUGCGUGUUAUCCGGUAACCCACAGCGUGCCUCUUGGUUGGUAGGCUUUCAGUCAUCUUCCCAUUGGAGGCUUAGCGCGUCACGAUGAGGGCGGACAGCGGUGUGGACCACACAGCCUGUGUCCGGGGAGGGUAAAGGUGCCGCCUAAAAGCGUGCCGAGUUAUUGGAUACGUGUUGUUGCUAGGGGCGUGGGUUGUGCCGUGAAAUGUUCUAGUUUCCCCAAACCUGAAAGAGAUGAAAUUGAAGAAGAAAACAGCAUUAUCAUCUGGAACGACAGAUGCGCUGAGAGCUGUGUGCUCCGACGACGUGAGGCAAGCUGUGCCGCAGUGAGCAUAAUCUGAUAAGCGCUUGUGUCCAUCCUGCACUCGGCUUCAGGACGACGCAGGAGAGGAAAAAGUAUAUGCGGAGUGUGAGGAUAGAUGGAAUUAUGCUGAGGUCACACUUCUCGGAGCUGAUUCACACUUUCACCCGGAACACCUGCUGUAUAUUUGCAUCCACCGGAGUCCGUCUCGAUGACUGACGCGCACUUGCUUGUCCCGUGAUGUGUCUUUGGAGGAGCCGGUGCGUGCCACGGUCUAAACAUCCCCGCCUGUCCACUGUAGGCCUAUAGAACAGCUAUUUGUCUGCGGAACAAAUCACAGUUUUAUAGUAGGCGCAGGAUCUUAUGCAAUGUGGUCGAAACGGAUUUCGUGAGCUCAUAGGUUAAACUGACAGCGACACCAGGCUUAGGUCGCCUUGCUCUGUGCUGUACUGCAGCAAGGUGGACCACCGGGGCGUGAGGUGGCAAGGAGCAAACAUCCUCCCCGCUGGACAUUUUUUGGGGGAUGUUUUGUGUCCCGAACAAACAAAAAACCCAAGGCCAUACACCCUAAACUGGCGAACUGCGUCACCGUGUUGGAGUGUUGCAGGUAAGCAGCGAACUCUUCCACCGCUACGAGAGAGCGGCUCAUCAUCCUCCAGAAACAAUGUCGCCGGUGAGUGUUUAACAGCGUAACCGGGAUGGAUUCGGUGGAUUCAAGCAAAGAUCCGCCACUGGGAUCCACGUUUUCCUCAGCACCUAAUCUGGACUCGGACAUUAAUGCAAAUGCUUGCAGGCCUGUGUAUGAGAAUGGUACAGACCACAAUGUCAACAUACAAAACACAGCCCUGCGUGGAGCAAGUGACCCCAGCUCAUACCCCUCCACAGACUACCAGGUGCCGGUCCGCCACAGGUUUAUUCGGCGGAGCCAGUGGUUGUCAGACUCCGAAGAGCCGCCGGUGGACACACCGGAGUUCGCCAACAGCAGCCCGGCACUCAACAUCGACCUGCGAACCAUCGUUGACAGGAGUCGGGCGCGGGUUCUGCACGCGACCCGCCUCCAGGAGACCUCGAGCACGGAGAGCCAGGUGGGCCUGAAAGACCUGGCCACAGAGAGCGUGAACGCGGACGAGGAGAAGGGAGGCAGGAGCGAAAGCGAGCCCAAGGCAGAGGUCGUGCCCUCCGAUGUCACAGGUAAAGCAGGAAGUGACGAAAACGAAGAGGAGCCCGGAAUGAAGGCUGUGGCCACCUCGCCCGGAGGGCGCUUCCUCAAGUUUGACAUCGAGCUGGGGAGAGGGUCUUUCAAAACUGUCUAUAAAGGUCUCGACACCGACACCUGGGUCGAAGUGGCCUGGUGUGAGCUUCAGGAACGGAAACUGUCCAAAGCAGAGAGACAGAGAUUCAAAGAGGAAGCAGAAAUGCUAAAGGCUCUCCAGCAUCCCAACAUUGUGCGAUUUUAUGACUUCUGGGAAUCACCCGUCAAAGGGAAAAAGUGUAUUGUUCUGGUGACAGAGCUGAUGACCUCAGGAACACUUAAAACGUAUCUGAAGCGCUUUAAGGUCAUGAAGCCUAAAGUUCUUAGAAGCUGGUGCAGACAAAUUCUCAAAGGCCUCCACUUCCUCCACACUAGAACUCCUCCGAUCAUCCACAGAGACCUUAAGUGUGACAACAUCUUCAUCACUGGUCCUACGGGCUCUGUCAAAAUCGGAGACCUGGGCCUGGCGACUCUAAAGAGAGCCUCUUUUGCUAAAAGUGUUAUUGGCACUCCAGAGUUCAUGGCUCCAGAGAUGUAUGAGGAGCACUAUGACGAGGCCGUGGAUGUCUACGCCUUUGGGAUGUGUAUGCUGGAGAUGGCAACAUCUGAAUAUCCCUACUCUGAAUGUCAAAAUGCUGCUCAGAUCUACCGCAAAGUGACCAGCGGGGUGAAACCUGCCAGCUACAGCAAAGUCCGCGACCCAGAAAUUAAGGAAAUAAUCGGGGAGUGCAUCUGUCACAGAUGGGAAGAAAGGUACUCCAUCAAGGACCUCCUGAAUCACGCCUUCUUUGCAGAGGACACGGGUGUGAGGGUGGAGCUCAAUGAAGAAGAUGAUGGGAAAAAAGCAUCCAUCGCUCUGAAGCUGUGGGUCGAAGAUCCUAAAAAACUGAAGGGAAAAUACAAAGACACUGGUGCCAUUGAGUUUACCUUUGAUUUGGUGCAUGAGGUCCCAGAAGUUGUUGCCCAAGAAAUGGUGGAUUCAGGUUUCUUUCUGGAUUGUGAUGUGAAGAUCGUUGGGAAGUCCAUCAGAGAUCGUGUAGCUCUAAUCAAAUGGAGGAGGGAGCGGACUGUCUCACCAAAUGGAAACAGCGAGACACCCGUGAAGAAAACUCAGCAGAACCUCCUGCAGGUUCCCAGUACAGGGAUGCCACAGGGAGCUGCAUUAGCUACUACAGAUUAUGAAGACCAAGAGUCAGAGCAGCAGACUCUGAUCUGCACCAUCCCCGCUGCCACAUCUACCACAUCUGACAGUGGAGUGAGCUCCACCAUGCAAUUAGAUGAGCUAAACAAUCAGCAGAAUGGCCCCUACCCAACGCUUCAAGAACCUGUUACCACAACUCAGAUUAUCUACAGUCCUCCUGCACAGACUGACCCUCAGCUGCACCAGGGGCCUUACCAGCAGUCCACUGCACAGUCCGUGCAGUUACACCAAGGAGCGUACCAGCAAACCGCAGGCCAGCUGCACCCUGGGACCUUUCAACAACCUGCAUCACAACUGCACCAGGGGCCUUAUCAGUGUCAAACACGUCACUACAGUGAUCCCUUUGUUUGCCAUGAGAACCUGCUCAUCACUGAAAGUACUAUGUGUCUUAGGCGUGGCAGCGCCUCAAUGGUUGAGAUGGUACAGUGUAGGAUGCAAGCGCUAACUAAGACAACUCCACUCCCCUGCUUGCGUCCGUUACAGGAAGUGUCUCCGGCAAAUAGCACAGAGAGUCGAGUGCAUGAUACAAACUGCCUGUAUGCUAACUCUGCCCAGAAGCCGUCAUUGUUAUCGCCUUUCUUGCUCCCCCAUCAACACUCUCAUCAUGACUCAGCAAGUCAUUUCGAUUCACCUCACCUUCCCCUUAAUUUACAACCUCCUGCAGAGCUGCCUCCAUGUGUCCCACGCAGCCCAGGGCCUCACCAUCACUGCAAAGCUUGCAUGUCUCUCCUCUGCAAGGACAGGACAAAAGGAGGUGGAUCACUGGGACACACACACAAACGCACUGACACCACAUCCACCCAGUUUGCUCCAGUCUCCAAGCCAAGCUCGCCCACAUCUCUUCAUCAGCCAAGGUCUCCUCCCUCUCUGCCCACUACCACAUCAUCAAAUUGUCAGCCCGUCGUGGCAGCUUCUCCUUCACAUCUUUCUCCACCUUCACAAAAUGUGUUCCCACGGAGUUUGUAUGAAGGUGGAGAUCUCACGCUCCUCAACUACUGUCUCCAUCACAUUGUCAGUCGCAGGACCAGCUCCCCCACCCUCUCUGAUAGAGGUGUUAAUCAUCCACUACACAACCAAACUGGGGUUUGUUGUUCUUCAGUACGUGAGCAUAAAGACAAGAGCCAGAGCCUGGAUGCUCCGUUCUACUGUUCUCCAAAUGUGGUUAGGAACCUGCAGUUAUCAUCACAUCACAGCAAAGACAGAGCCAAUUCUCUGACAGCUCCAGCUACGCCAGCCACUGCUGCUAACCAGAGCAGACAGUGCUUUCCAGCUGCAGGCCCAACUCUACAGACACAGAACACUGCCCAGCCCAACCAGGAGCAGUACCAUCUCCAACCAGCUGCUAUCCUGCCAAAGCUGUUAUCUGCAGAGCAGCCUGCUUCCCACCUGAGUCAUCCUGACACCGCUACCAGUUUUCCACAGUUAGUCUCCAGUGCUCCUUCCCCACUUCUACCCCUGCAGAUCAGCAUGCAGUUUUCCUCACCAUAUGCAGUUAUUCAAACAGGGGGCCACAAGCCUUCCCCCGUCUCCCCAGCUCCUCUGCCAUCUGUCUACAGCAGCAGUGAAUCCACUAUGUCUAGCACCUAUUACUCACGUUCACCCCACCGUCCCUCUCUGCCUCUGAUUCCUCAUUCUGCCAUGCCAUCUAUGUCUACUCUUGGCACUCCUCUGUCCACACCUCAGCAUGUAGCCAGUGUGGCAUUCCCCCUCCCAUUUUUUGCCAUGGCCGUGUCCUCAGCAGUGCCACAGCAGCAGGGCAGCCCCUCCACAUCUCAACCAAACCUAAGUUUCCAUUCCACUCAUCCCUUACCUCUCUCUCAGGUACAACCCACCCCAUACCCUGCCCCCAAUCCUGAGCACGGUCUGGCUGAGCAGCCUGUCCAGAUACAGUCACUCACUCCGCAUGGCACUCUGGGAGACUUUCAGCAUUUGGGUGCGGUUCACUCAGUUUUGCCUACUGUUCAGACUUCUCUCUGGGGAAGGGGAACAGAUUCAGAAACUAGUGGAGCUGGCCUUGACUUAGCAGGAGCUUCUACAAUUUCAGCCCCAGUCCCAGCCCCAGCGUCAAUCCCAAUCCCAGCUAAUGUUGAUACUCAACCUCCAGCACAAAUUCUGGCUGUGGUGGGAGCACAAAACCAACUUCAAGUCCCAGUAUCAGCUCAGGCCGCAGCUAUGCCUCAAACCACAACCCUUCUUAAAUCCCCCACUUCAAUCCCAAUACAAGUUCCAACAGCAAUUCAAGCUGCAGUCUCAGUCCCAGCUCAACCACUAGUAUCAGCAUCAGGUCCCAUUUUGGAGCAAACAGAAGUCUCCUCUGUGAGCAUACUUUCAUCCAAACCCGAAAUGUCAGUCCCAGGCUUGGUUUCAGGCCCAAACACCCUGCCAGCACCAGUUCAGUCUGCAGCUCCUGUUCCCGCUCCAGCUUCUGUCACAACUUCAGUCCCAGCUCCAGUUCUGCAGCCUCCUGGCACCCAGACAACAGUCUCAAUACCCGAGUGUUCCAGCCUGCCUGCAACUCAGCAAACUGCAGACAUGGCAUCUGCAUCCAGCACCCCUCAUCAAGAGCCCUGUGCAGAGGAGGUGCUUCAGGAAAAACCAAUAUCUUUACCCAGUUAUGAAUUUGACAGUCUCAAGUCUGAUAUACCAUCUGGUAAGGAAACAAGUGAUGGCUAUGAAAGCUUUGCUAGUGUGGGAAAGGGAGAUGGGAAACCGAGGAAACAUCACCGCAAGUCUGCCCGCACCCGUUCCAGGCAGGAAAAGACCAGCAAACCAAAGCUGAGCAUGCUCAAUGUUUGCAACACUGGUGAUAAAAUGGUCGAAUGCCAGCUGGAGACUCACAACCACAAAAUGGUGACAUUUAAAUUUGAUCUGGAUGGAGACGCUCCCGAGGAAAUCGCUACUUACAUGGUAGAGAAUGGCUUCAUCUUGAUGUUAGAGAAGGAAAUCUUUAUUGACCAGCUGAAGGAUAUUGUGGAUAAAGCUGAAGACAUGCUGAAUGAAGACAUGGAGGGUGAAAGGGACACAGCUUUGAGUUGCAGUCCUUUACAAGUCCAGCCAUUUGAAGCAUUAGUAGGCGAGAGUCAGCAGCCUGGAGGAUCUCAACCAGUCUAUCAGCAAAAUGUUCUUCAUACAGGAAAGAGAUGGUUCAUAAUCUGCCCUGUAGAGGAGAUACCUACAUCCAGUCAGGAGACCCCCUCUGACGGGACAACUACGCAGUCACCUGGGAGCUCAGCCGCUAUGCACCCUGCUGACAGCACCACUGCAAAGCCCUCCAGAGAAGAGGGUUCAUCUUCCACAAUGUCUGGGGGAAGUGGAGGUUUCUCUUACGACGUGUACGGAUUCUGCAGUCCUCCAAUAAUGUCCAACACAGACCCGCUCCUCCUGGCCACCCUGUCACCUCCUGUGUCUGCACCUCCGACUCUCCAGUCAGUGCCAUCAGUGGAGCCAGCAGGCAGUUCAAUGCAACACAGCAUGCAAGCCCAGACAGCCAGAACACAAACAUCAUCCCCGCAUGCUGCUUUCCCUGUGGAAGAUUCGCAGGGAUCCCCUCUCGGCUCCAUCUCACCAAUCCAUGCAUCUCAGAAGUUGCCUGAUAUGACAUGCCCGGUUUCUAUUGCUGACGACGUGCCCUGCUGCCCUCUGGUCAUGCCCCUCUCUCUCGAUGUGAGCACUUCACAGGUUGGAUCUCCGCUUACUCUUCCGCUCCAGGAGCCAGGAUCAGUCAAAGAAGCACCGGCUGUCUCCUACGCCCCUGCUGCACGGAGCGAGCGACCACAGCAACCUGUGGUGCUGCAUCAGCCUUUUGCCACUGUUGGAGGGACCAAAGUGUCCUCACUACCACAGAGUCCAGCACCAUCCCAGCAUGGUGCAGGCCCCAGUGAGUCCGAUGGUGAAGGAAGACUGGCUCGUAGCGGCUUUGUGGACAGCACCAUUAAAACCCUGGAUGAGAAACUACGGAAUUUGCUCUACCAGGAGUAUGCUCCCAUGUAUCCAUCAGGCAGCGCUGCAGAGACACCAGGGUCUGGCACAGAGUACAUCCAGUCUCCUCCUGGUCCAGACAGCGCCACAGGAGGCUCAGGAAACAGCACCCCAGGGCCAAUAGGGGAGGGACGCUACAGAGGAGGUGAACAGCUGCCUCAAAUUCCAGAGAGAAUGGACAGUUUGAGCGCACUGAGUGAUUCAGCUGUGUGUGCGUCCCUGUCAAGAAGACACGUUCCUCACUCUGCUUCAUGCUCUGGAGCAAGAGGUCGAUUUAAGAUCACUCCUGUUGCCCCUGAAGUGGCCAACAGACGAGAUGUGAAGCAAAGGAGCUGGAGCAGCGCUGCCUCACCGGCGCACCCUGUGGGAUACAUUAGGGACCAUGGUCAGUUUGAUGCCAUGGCUACCUCCACCACAAUUGGCCGUUUCUCUGUGGUGAGCACUGAAGAUGACAUUACACAGAGGACACGUUGUAGCCGUUACUCUGCACCGCCUGAUUUCUAUCUGGACACGCCUCCUUCUAACGCCAAGCGGGGCUCUUUACCUCGUGCAAUGACAUCCGUCCCUGUGGAUGUCACGGUCCACGCUCGCUUCCUCUCCUCAGAUUCAGGGGCAGAGAGCAGCCCUGCAAAGCUGACUCCUGCCACCCCGUUGCAACACUCCCGCUCUGAGCGCAGAGGAAGUGACCUCAUGAAAAGGGCAGUGGCCUUUCUCCGUCGUUCUGGUCGCAGCAGCAGCGUGCAGAGCUCUGACUCACCGAGCAGGCAUGGUGGGGUGCACGGCUCUGCCUAUGGCAGCAGCGAUAAUGACUCCGAGAUGGAGGAUUCAGACAUAAAGAGAGAACUACAGAGACUCAGGGAGAAACAUCUGAAGGAAAUCUCUGAGCUGCAGGCCCAUCAGCGAGGGGAAGUGGAGCUCCUGUAUCGAAGACUUGGUAAAGUUCCUCCUCCUGGCCUGGGAGUUGCUGCACCACAUGCCAGCCGUAGAAAGAGGUCCAGCAAGCACAGGCUGAAGCCAGGCAAACUUCUCAGCCCUCUGGUUCAACAGUUUAGAAAUGUCACAACCAAAACUGGUGACUCUAGCAGAUCCAGUGCUGCUGCAGGUACGGGUGACAACACAGUUAGUUUAAAUGGGUCUCCAGCUAAAGGGUCUUUCCCCACGCACAGCAGGGCCCGGUCAUGCACCAGCCACCUUCCCAGCUCAACCUCGGAGCCUGUGCAGACUCAGCAGCCCUGCUCCCUUAAAGGCUCUUUAUCUUCUGAUAAUAUUUAUGCUGGACUACACGGAGAUGGAACUGGCACACAAGUGCCACCGGGGCAAGGCUGGUCUAAUUACCCUCAACCAUCUGAGAGAGUGACCUAUAAAUCGAGUAGCAAGCCACGAGCUAGAUUUCUCAGGGCGACACUGAAGCGACUUUGUCUUGGUAAAGAGCGUGGUAGCAGGUCUGGAGCUUCAGCAGGGGCUUCCAAUCAGUCACAGCAGCUGCCUGGGGGUGUCACACCUCCUCCACAUCAGCCGGUGAUAGGAUUGGCCCAAGCUCAAGCCAAUAACAGCAACAACAAAACAGGCACAUACAGUAGCACAUCUACGAGUGCCCAUGAUAGCAACCUGCCUGAAGACUUACAACGACUAAUGGAUGACUGGGCCCAGGAGGUUCUGAUUGUCACCCACCGGCCUCGCACUAACUCUUUGAGUAUAACUCGACCCCAGCUUUGGGAUCAGGAUCCACUUCAAACAAGUGAACAGCUUGCUAGGGCUUCAGAUUUAUCGCCAUGGACAGCUUCAGGACCAGAGGCCUGUAGUCUGCCACUGUCCUGGCCUGAUGCCCCUGGGUCAACAAUGAUCGCCACCCCGCCGGCGGGGGCACAUCCCUCUUAUCAGCAUCACUCUCCUGCUCCAUUCAGGGCCUUGCCCUCACCUCUCUCUAUUAGCCAGUGGCCUGGGUUUUUCUUUCCCCUUCCUCCAGGAGUCUUUGCCUUUCCUGCUGUGGCCUCAGCUCAGGAUACCCACAGCUCCAUUCCAGCACCAUCAUAUCAGCCAACUGACCCCAAGGCGAGGACUCUUUAAUCUCUGUAGCAUUGUGUCUUCCAACUCCGUUACCAAAAAUAUAUCUCAUUGUAGUUCUAGUCAAUCUGUACAUAAUAGUGUAAAUAUAUAUAACCAGCACGUAUGUAAUCAUAUGUACAUACUCAUCCUUAGUCUUUUUGUUAUUUGUGUCAUUUUGCAUCAACAUACCUCAUGUCCGUAUUACAAUGCAUAAUCCUUGAGUGCAGUCCACUUGUAAUUAGCUGAAUCGUGCAUUAAAGUGCAGAUUUCUUUUUCUGUAUGUGCAUUGAAUGUACAUACUGUAUUUCUCAUUCAUAUUGUGUUUUCAGUUAAACAGCUGAUGUUUGUGUUGCUCAUCUCACUCAUAUAUAUAUAAGCUGCCGAGUGUAUAUAUGAAUUAUCGUCAGUCUGUAAAUAGCUCCUGUGUUUGUACAGUUACCAUUAGAUAAUCUGUAGGUUGGUGCUGCAGUUACGUGUCUUAAUGCAACACCUUAUUUGCCACCAUCAUGCCAUCACUGUGAAGACUUGACAUCCUGGUCACUAAGGCCAGUCGCUUUACUCUCUCUCAGUCCAAGGAUAGGUUUCAUUCUUCAUCGAUGAAAUGCUUCCAGCACAAGCGCUUGAAAUAUCCUUAAGAGAUUUGAAUGAACUUGAACUUUAUCUUCAGGUGGAAAAAAAAACCCACCUGUGAGAGUGCCUUGAAAUGCAGUUUCUGUUUUUUGAAGAAAAGCAUUUAGAUUCAAAGCAUACUCUAGAUAUUCUAUAUAAGCUUUCACCUUCACAGGUAAAUUAUGUGAUUUGAAUAAUGAAUGUGGAUUAAAACAUGUUUAAUUUAGCAACAAAACACAGCUAAACACUACAAUCCGGUGUUGCGGUACAUUAAAUAUCAGAGAUUGUAAAAAGAUUAAUGAAUAUCCAAAGCUGAAUUAGGUUAGCAUAUACUUGUGUAAGUUUCCUUGUUCACUGAAGUCAUGUUCUUGUGGGAUUGCUUUAGCACCUGCACAGCAGCCUGCAUGACCACACGGAUGUUCUCUGAAUCCCCACUGAGUGGUGUUCUGUGUUUAGAGUGGAUGUUGUUCAGAGAAAGUAAUUGAAAUCAUACAUAAGGAGGGCUGAAGGACUCAACACGAGUCAAAAUCAUAAUCAUCCCAUACCUCUACUAAUGCAAUCUGUAGCUUUACAUAUUGUUGCCUUGUGGUUUUUAAGAGAUUACUGUGUGGAUGGUUGUCGUUUGAUAAAUGCUGUUGAUGUGAUAAUAUUAAGGGGGCACAUGACGAAUGUGAAUUACCGAAAAGCCACAACUGUUUGAUGUUUGCGUAAUAGGCGUAGGUUUUCAAAAUUGUAUUUAUUAGAUGCUGGCCUUUUAGCUCAUGCUUAUACGUAUUAAGGCUAAAAUGAUUCAAGGAUUUCCAAAAAAUAUAGUGCUUUCACUAUUUUAGUCAAAAACAAUACUUUAAUACAUCUCUUGCAUAAAUCAUUUACUCCCUUACAAGAGUUCUGGGGUUGCAUAAGUCAUUUUGUGUAUUUUUGAGUGCAAAUGGCACAGUCAUCUUAAGAAAACACUUGCUUUUAUAAAUGUGGUCCCUUGUUUCCCCGUGUAAAACUACACAGUCAGUAUGGUAAGCCAAGCAGUUCUGUAAAGGCACGAUAAACACUUUUGGGGAACCAAAACAGAAAUCUUCUAUUUGCAGAAUUAGAGGACGCUAAAUUUCCCAUAAUGCAACACACUAGCAUCUUUACAUCAUCAGGGUUGUUAUCUUUCAACCUUUAAAAGAAUAUUUUCAAAUUCACAAAACACAUUACGCAGACUGAGCAUAACACAUCAUAAACUGAACCUUAAAUGUAAAAUCAUUGGCAUGACCCUUUAAAAUUGUUUCACUUUUGCACAUUAGAGAGUAAUUGAAAAUGGAUUAUUUGUCUAUAAGGUAGAUCUUUAAUAAUGACCUAGAUAUUUUUUUUAAUCUCCUAUGCAGUAGUUUUCUUUGUGCUUUCCACUGUAACUUCUGUCUUUAAAUCUAAUGCUUGCAAUGACAGCUAGAUGUAUGAUUGCUUUUGCCUGCUAUAUCACCUGUUUUCCCAGCAGUUUCCUGACCUUGUCAGAUUGAUACCUUCUCAAAAAAAAGCUGUACAUACUUGAAGACAUAAAUAAAUUCAUUUUUGCUUGACACCACA